AUGGGCCGCCCCCCCACCAGUGGCUAUUGCCGAACUUGCCGACGGAGGCGGGUGAAAUGUGACAGGCUUCGCCCUGCCUGCGAAAAGUGCCUCAGAUCUGGCCACCAGUGUGGGGGGUACGAACUCCCAUUGCGGAUGCAGCAUUUUACCGCAACUGUCGAUCCAAGCGGAGCUCAGCAACUAAGUCGGAUUUCCAAUACGACUAAAACGGCACUUCAACCGUCGAUUAUGGUUCAAGAGUUGACGUUGACUGCUUUUCGCGAACAAAUCGCAUUCUCGCACCUAUUGUCGAAUUACAGAUGGGGACCCUUUUGGAAGCCUGUCCUCCGUGUUUCCUUGGACGGGGCAACGCAGUCUGAUGUCGUGAAAGCCGACUACACCGGAAGCCUGGCGACAGCGCUUGGUUUUAUGGGUGCUAGGGUCAAUGAGCCCACGAUGCUUGCUGAGGGCUACGAGCUGAACGGGCGGGUGAUACGUGCCUUGCAGUCAGCAUUGCUGACCAAGUCAAAGAUUGACUUGGCCCAUUGGGCUGUUACAAUCACAAUACUGAGUCUUUACCAAUCAUCCCGUGCAAGUGAAGGGUUCUCCACGCGGAUGCGGUCUCAUGUGAUCUUUUCUUUUUCAUUUUCUCUUCUUCUUCUUUUUGAACACGACGCUGACUUCAUACAGUUUGCUGUCGACCAGGAAGUCAAUAUUCCGCACUACUAUGGGAUGGCAAGAAUUGUUGACUGGUGCGGGCCAGAGUGCUUUCAACAUGAGCCCAUGCUGACAAACCUGCGUCACAUGAGGGCCCUACAUGCUUGUAAAUGCUUCAAUAAAGAUGAAGGAACUUUCUUCGCUCAAGAGCGCUGGAAAAUCUUACCAUGGUUGCACCAUCCGAAAACCUCACACGAUCUUUUGAUGGACAUUUGUGUCGAUAUUCCCGGGCUGACCUUUUCCGUCGCAUCUUCGACCAAAACACUUUCCACGGAACAAAAAACUGCAUCUGCUGCCGCAAUUCACGAAAUGCUAUCGAAGCUGUAUGACUGGAGAAGAGCAUGGGAAAGUAACAACCGGUACGCCGCCACGGAGGUAUUCACGCCGCUGGAAGAAAACCUGAUUUGCAGCCCUUGGGUUCAAAUGCUAUUGUCACGACCAUUGUUACUCAACACAGCUCAGCAGGCCGCCGAGAUGCUCAUUUAUAACUCUGCACUGGUCCAACUUAUGAAUCUUCAAGAUUUCCUGCAGACUGGGAAUCGAUUUCCCGAAGCUCUUCCGACCAUCAUAAACCAGGCUAUACUUAGGGGGCCAGAUCAGCCCCUGUACAUGCCAGAAGACAUUAAGCACCGUUGGCAGCCAUCGAUUGAAGGGCUACGGAUAAUGCGAUUGGUGAAGAAGCUAUUCACGUCUAGUGAGGAUUCUGUCCUCAUCUCUCUUUCGCCUAUCGGCAUCAUCUACAACUCCUUGCUUGCAACUGAGGGCAUGGGGCGCUUUUUUCUUUCUAUGAUAACAGUUCCAGAUGAUUACGCAAGAACGGACGAAGAGCUUUCUAUUUUUCGUCUCUGGAAAUCUUCUGAGCACAUGUACACAUUAAGAUAG